GUGCCAAAGAUUAUCCAGGUCAUUCUUGUCCAGAAGUAACAUGAGCGUCGCCAGAAGCGAUGACACGUUGGAUGAGGAGGACUCUUUUGUCAUGAAAGCCAUCGUCCAUGCCAUCAGUGACGACAAUGUCCCCGGCCUGCAGCACCUCCUGGGCUCCUUGUCCAACUAUGAUGUUAACCAACCCAACAAGGUCUGCUUCUCCCCUGCCAGGGUGGACGGGGGUCCCAGUGACCAAAAGACCCCACUGCUUGUUUGCCCCCUUCCCGUCAGAACCUCCAUGUGGAGGCAAAAAUCACUUCCGUUUAAUGAUGCAGGGUUGCGAACAUGGCCUUGCUCCCGAGGGCCUUCCUUCACUCUCCAGCUUCUGCCCUGAAAUUUUGGACCUCCUCAUCCUGCAAAUGGCAAUCGGACCUUUGAUUGUGACUCCCAAAGAGGAAGGGCUGCUUGUCCCUGGCAGCUCGGUGUCUUUCCAGACCUGGGGAGGUGUGGGGGACAGUGGGGAGACCUUGGGCUUUGCCGGGCCACCAGACCUGAAAACUCCUUCUUUUUUGUUGUUUUCUCUCUCUGUUCCAGCACGGGAUCCCUCCCUUACUCAUUGCUGCCGGCUGCGGGAAUAUUCAGAUACUGCAGUUGCUCAUCAAGAGAGGCUCCAGAAUCGACAUCCAGGACAAGGUCAUGGUUCUUUUCUCGGAAAUGGGCUCCUGUCCUUAUGUGUUUCCGACUGUCUGCACAUCACAGGGGUAAUGGAGAGACACGUGCAUCCCAGUGCUCCUCGCUUUCCCGGGAAGGAAGGCGCAUGGCUUAGACAGUGGGUGGAUUCAACACUCAUGCAUGUGGACGAGCCUUGCCCUCCCCGGUGGCUCCGGCUCCACCGCUCAGCUCUACCUUGCUUGCUUUUACUCCUUCCGGGCUGACUGCGUUUGACAGCAGUGUUAGAGGUCACACCCAGGGGGGUCCGCCACCUACUUCACCUGCUCAGAAACGCGUCCUCCUGCAGGCUCUUUACGCAGCCGAGCAAGGAUGGCGCGCCUGGAGGUGUGGAUGGAAUUAGGGGUGUAGACAGUUUAUUAACAGCUGAUGAUUAUCACAAGGGUCUGUCACCUGUCCCAGACUUCCCUUCUCUCUCUUCCCUUCCCUCCUUCCUUCAUUCCUCCCCCUUUUAUCCUUC